AUGGGGCCGCCACUGAUCCGACUUGACGCCUGCCCUCAUUAUCAAUUCAGCUAUCUCCUCACUGGUAUGGACUUUUGGAAACGACAAGACUCCCAGUAUAGGGAGCAUGCUGCCAUGCGACCAAGGUUUUUGGAGCUGAGAUCUUCGGGAUGGUACAUUACCACAGUCGUCUCGUACGCUAGUGCGACAGAUAUCUUCCUGUAUGGGUUGGUCGUGCCCGUGACCCCGACUGCGCUACAAUCCCGGGUUGGCUUCUCUAGUGGAAGUCUUCAAACCUGGAACUCAAUUCUUUUGGCCUUGUUCGGGGUUGGUCUGUUAGCUUCUUCCCCUAUUGCCGGGUACAUUGCCGAUCGAUUCGAAUCACGUCGAUAUCCGUAUCUCUUUGCCCUAGUAGGCCUUGGCGCCGCGACUGCUCUGCUCUGCGCUGGGGAGCAUAUUGGAUUAUGGAUCUGCGGUCGUUUAUUUCAAGGCGCAGCAUCUGCGGUGGUCUGGGUUGUUGGAAAUGCGUUGGUGGCAGACACUGUGGGCAAAGACGGCGUCGGUAAAGCCAUCGGAUACACAACAAUGGCCUGUUGUGUCGGGCUAUUGGCCGGGCCCCUUGUCGGCGGUGUUGUGUACCAACAUGGCGGAUACUACGCCGUUUUUGGUAUUGCGUUUGGCCUAAUUGGCCUCGAUAUUGUUCUCCGUCUAGCAUUGAUUGAAAAAAGACAUGCCACCAAGUGGCUUGAGCCGGAACUGGGGCGACCCAAUAUAAAACAGCCUGUUAUGGAACACCAAGGUCCGCUGCUGGAAGCACCUUCACGAGGCGUACUCGGUCGACUUGGAAUCCUGUUGAGCUCACCUCGUGUUAUCGUUGCCAUGUGGGGGAGCCUAGUCGUCUCCAUAACUAUGAGUUCAUUCGACAGUGUUCUUCCGCUUUUUGUGCAGGAGAAUUUUAGUUGGGAGCAAGGUGGGCAGGGGUUGAUCUUCCUCCCGCUAAUUAUACCACACGCCUUAAGCCCAGUCGCCGGGUCUAUCGUGGACAAAUUUCCCCGAUCCUGCCGCUACGUAACCGCCGGUGCGUUCCUGUUGCUUACGCCUGUCAUGAUCCUUCUGCGAUUUGUUACAAGUGACUCCAUACAGCACAAAAUUCUCCUUUGCGCCCUCCUCACAGUUAUAGGAGUUUGUCGGAGAAAAGGAGCACCAGACGCCAGAUGUGUUCGGUAA